UGUUAGUUCUCAAGGUUAUUAUAGAAGUUUGAAUAGUUUGUGUCCUUUUGACUUUUAUGUUUUGGUAACUUAAAUUUAACAAUAUUUCAUGACUCGUUUGGGUUGUUCAUUUCUUAUAAUAACACUUUCAUUCUGAGAUAGAGACCACAUCAGAGUCAGGAGCAUCAAGGCCCGGCUGAUGGGUGUCACUAAAGAACAACUGAGUGCUGUGACCAGAACCUCAGAAGAACCAAGAGUAACCCUGCUCAGUUGUAGAUCUAAAACUGCGACCAUGCUGUGGACAAAAGAGCGUAGCUAUUCUGUCCUGGUUGUUGAUAGCAUCACUCUGUUCACUGGUCUUCCUGCCAACCUGCUGGCUCUCUACACCUUUAUCCGAAAGGUGAAACAGCGUGCUACACCUCUAGAUGUGCUCUUGCUCAGCCUUAAUAUUUCUGACCUUCUCUUCCUCUUGUUCCUUCCAUUGCGCAUUAAAGAGGCAGCUGACAUGAAAUGGACCGUGAGCUUUUUCCUUUGUCCGCUUUCAGGAUUCAUCUACUUCAGCACAAUCUAUAACAGCACCUUGCUCUUAACAGCUAUCAGUGUGGAGCGCUAUCUGGGAGUGGCCUUCCCCAUCAAAUACAAACUCAAGAGAAAUCCUCGGUAUGCUGUGAUUGCCAGCAUUAUGUUCUGGGUGGUUUCAAUGAGCAAUUGCACUAUUGUGUACAUUGUGGAGUACCAUAAACACAGCAAUGACACUGUCAUGGAGCUGUCCAACAGGACUUCCUGUUACAAAGAGUUUACCAGUGAGCAGCUGGAGAUCCUUUUACCCGUCCGUCUUGAGUUGUUUAUCGUCCUGUGCUGCAUUCCUUUCUUCAUCUGUUGCUUCUGCUACAUCAGAUUCAUCAUUAUUCUUUCUCGCUUACCUAGCAUCAAUCCUCAGAAGCGCUCCAGGGCAAUUAGCCUUGCUAUAGUCACUCUUCUGGUUUUCAUCAUCUGCUUUGUACCGUUCAGUGUGUCUCAUUUGGUGGGGUUUAUUGGACGGUACAGUCCUCCUUGGAGAGUCUACACAUUACUACCCAGCACCUUCAAUGCCUGCUUGGACCCCUUUGUCUUUUAUUUUUCUUCUGCAGCAAUACGAGGAACAUUCACCAACAUAAUACAAAAAUUCCACAACUGGCUACAGCAUUCCCUGUGUCAGAAAUUCAACUGUCUGAAGACAGGCCGCACUUCUGCGUAUGUGGAGAGAACACAGAGUUCAAAUGAUAGUUCUCCCUAGUAUUUGUUGAGUAUUAUUAAUAUGUUAGAUAGUAGCAUUUAUAUUUGAGCAUGCAGAUAGGCAAAUGUUUUAAUAAGUGCUUAUAUUGUGAAUGUCUUUACAGCUUCGUUCAUGAGAAACCCUGUGCUUGCUGGUGGAUCGAUUGUUGAUGGCCAGUAUAAUUAGAACCUGGUUACACAGCACAGAAGGGUAUCUAAUUUUAAUCCUCUUGGAAAAGAUUAUGGCAUCUUCCAAUACUAUUUAUGCAUGGUUAAUACAACACGUGUAAUUUAUAAACCAUUGUUUUUUACAGUAAUUGCAUGAAAACUAUGUUCAUAAAAGGUAACCAUUAUGGUUCCUACAUAUAUAAUUACACAAAAUGUCAAAAGAAUGACCAAAAUUGACUACCAGUUGAAAAACAUGAAUAACCAAUGAGAAUUGUGCAUUUUUUAAAACAAAUUUCCAUUUAUUACUAGCAUAACUAGCUCUGUGAUAAUACAAUUAGCGAGCCAGCCAGGAGUAUAAACUAAACUGAAACGUGUUUUAAGAGGUACCAGCAACCACCAAUGAAGAAAAUCCCCAGAGUAACAGGUACUAUAUUAUAGUAUAUGGGUUACUGCUAUAGGAUCAUAAUAUUUGUGGUGACACAAUCAAGAGUGAACAUCAAAAUAAAACUGAAGCUCUGUUUUUUCCCUGUCUUUUCUAAACCAAUCUCCUCCAAUUAUAUCCUGUUAUUUUGAUCAUUUCUAGUGGAACUGUCAUAAAGGUAUUUUUAUUUCCUUUGCCUAUUAAUAUUAUUAUAUUAAUUAGAAGUACGAUUGUGGUUGCAUAAUUAAAUUGCAAAUUUUUAAGACAACCCCUGUUUCUACUAACAUCUAGCAUCCACCUAAAAACAUAGCAUAUUUCCUUAUACCAGCCCCAGAGACAGUGUACACUAAAAAGUACCUCCUACUUACCUGUUGCUUCUGCUACGUCAAAUUUCUCGCUUAACCAACCUCGACCCUCAAUUCAUGUUAAGUAAGUGAAAAUGAGUGGUUCAAUAUUCUUGCAAUUCUAAUGACAUGAGUUUUGAGAUUGCUGCAACAACCAUAAAAAUUUGUGAGAUUUCUUUUAGAAUAUCUCUUUUUGUAUCUCUGCCUAUUAUGCUUUAAGCAUGUAAUUGAGUAUAUGGUUAUUAUUCCUGAAUGAUUAGUGUUCAUAAUGAGUUCAGUAUUGCAGUCCCUUCUAAAUGCACUUUCUCUGAAAUGUGACUCAACUACUGUAUCUAGACACUUACACAUCUCUGUGAAAAUAGCAUAUGUUCUUAAAACGUUAACAUGGAUAUAUUUUUUUCAGCUAAUAGUUAAAGCUGGGAGUGUUAUCUAAUAUCUUAAAAAGUUAAAGUGAUCUAAUUUUUUAGUUUCACAAAUAGAGACACCCUGAAGGAGAGUGUGAAAAAUACGGUGGAAAGCUCUAACACUUCGGAACCACAGAAAGAAUGAUGCAAAAUUAUAAACAGCUUGCCACUUCAAAGAAUGAUGUAACGCAGCAUGGAAUUGUUUGUGGUUUUUCACACACUUUCAUAUUUUUUUUUAUCCAAUUUCAUUAAGCAAAAUAGUUCUUUGAGAAGUUAUUUAAAUAAAUAUUUCAUUUUUAAUGACAAUCUUUUAAUAUUAAGCUAAAAAAAACCUUUGUUGUUUUAUUUAGCAUUUGCUUAAAAUCAUAAAUUUAAAAUUUUAAUCAUUUCAGUUUGCCUAAUUUUGCAUAAAUUUGCCUAAACUAAAUUACUUAACGGAGGCUUGUUGUUUAUAUAGUUAUUGUGUUUGUGAAAGGAAAACAAGAGGAAGAAGCUUGGAAGAUGUCCAGCAGAGGGAGCCAAAAAAAGUUUAGAAUGGUAUCAGAGUAUUCAUUAGACAUGAGUCAUGGUACUUUGCCUCCAACCUCCCCACUCACCACAAUGAUGUAAUUCAUGUUCGCAUCCCAAUGCUGCUGUAUACUUAAAUAUAGCUUUAUAUCUUGAAUGGCAUCCGUUCUAUAUACUAAAUACCAGCACAUAUUAUAUACAGUACUCUAUAUAUACAGUACUGUGCAUAGGUUUUAGGCAGGUGCUGUAAAGUAGUAAUGAUUUCAAAAUAAAAGUUUUAAUAGUUUAUUUUUAUCAAUUAACUAAAUGAACAGAAGAGAAAUCCAAAUUAAAUCAAUAUUUGAUGUGAACAACUUUUGCUUGUAAAACAGCAUGACGCCUUCUAGGUAAACUUGCACACAAUUUUUGAUCAGCCUGCCUGAAAUCCUUCUGUCUCUUCAUGUAAUCCCAAGCAGACUCGAUGAUGUUGAGACUAGGGCUCUUUGGGGGACAAACCAGUACUUGCUGGACUACUUGUUCUUCUCUAAGCUGACGAUAGUUCGGGUUGUUGUCUUGCUGAAGAAUAAAUUUAGGGCAAAUCAGACACCUCACUGAUAGUAUUGCAUGAUGGAUAAGUAUUUGACUGUAUUUCCAAGCAUUGAGGAUAAGAUUAAUCCUGACCAAAUCUCCAACUACAUUUGCAGGAAUGCAGCCCUAAACUUGCAAGGAACCUACAACAUGCUUCUCUGUUGCCUGUAGACAAUCAUUAUUGUACCACUCUUUAGCCCUUCAGCAAAAAAACCUACCUCCUGCUACAGCCAAAUGUUUUAACUUCUCACAUCAUUACGGAGCACCCGCUGCCAUUUGUCUGCACCCAUUUCAUACAGUAUGUUUUUCUGCAUUUUUAGUUGCUUAACCUUGUUUCCACAUUAGAGGUUUGGCUUUUUUGUUGCAAUUGUUCCAUGAAGACAACUGUCUAGAAGAUUUGGGAUAGUAGCUGGGUGUACCUGGGCCAUCCUUAGCAGUUGUGAAAGGGAAGUAAGCAUGAUACGCAUGUCUGUCAACUACUCUGCUUAGGAAUCUUUGCCUGGAGAGACAUUGCAGAUGCAGUAUAAUUACAACAACGUAUGGCUUGUUGCUGUGCUCAGUCUUGCCAUAGUGUAUGACCUGUGCCAUCAAACUAUCUUCCAUAACCUCACCUUUGGUGCAGACAUUAGCUGUUCCUUACCCAGUUUUAAGCCUCCUACACAGCUGUAACUGUUUCACUUAAUGACUGUGCAAUCAACCUACAUAUGAAACUGAUGAUCAUUAGCACCUGCAUGGAAUAACUGAUGAUCAUUAGCACCUGCAUGGAAUAACUGAUUAAUCAUUCACUUGACACUGAGCCUUCAAAAUCCCUGACUUUUUGCAAGUGUACAAAGUGUGCAAGAUGCUGGUUUGAGGCCAAAGGAAAGCGACAACAAAUAUUGAUUUGAUUUAAGAUUUUUUCCUGUUUGCUCACUUUUGAAAUUCAUAAAAAUAAACAAUUCAAAUAUGUAUUUUUUAAAGCAGUCUGACUUUACAGCGUUUCUUUACACCUACUGAAAAGUUUUUCACAGAGACAAACACACACCCACACACACCCACAUACAUAUAUGCACACACACACACACACACACACAUACA